AUGGAAGGUGAAGAGCGUGCUCACCGUGACGCCCAUUUCCAAGAAGAGUUAGAAUCUCUGAAAGUAAGCGUGGCUCGCCUCACUAACUUACUCGAGCAAACACUUAGAAAUGCCUCUGGUGAAGGUCCUUCCAACCGGCCUGCUAUUUUUGUUCAGCCUCCAACAACAGCUCAACCCGAAGAAACAAUGAGUGAACAUGGUCAUGAACCUCCACACAAUCCAGCUUUUGUGCACUCAAUGCCACCAGCACCAACCCCCGCAGUCAUAGAUGCAUUUGCCAAUAAGUCCCAUAAGACCAAGUCAUCUGAUGACAUUGAUAAGAUGGCAGCGCUAGAAGCCCGAAUCAGAGCCAUUGAGAGGGUAGACUUGUACGAUCCAGUACGAGCAGUAGAAAUGUGUUUGGUCCCAAAUGUGGUUGUCCCGAAGAAGUUUCGUGUUCCUGAAUUUAUCAAAUAUACUGGAACACAAUGCCCCACAACUCAUCUCAAAUCCUACUGUAACAAAAUGGCAGAAGUAGUACAUGAUGAAAAACUACUGAUGCAUUUUUUCCAAGAUAGCUUAAGUGGGGCGGCAUUAAACUGGUACAUGAGAUUGAACAACACCAAGAUCCAAAGAUGGAAAGACUUGGUGGAUGCUUUUGUCAAGCAAUACAAGUAUAAUAUGGACAUCACUCCUGACAGAACCAGUUUGUCCAACCUAGAGAAAAGGGACAAGGAAAGCAUAAGGGAAUAUGCUCAAAGGUGGAGAGACCUAGCUGCUCAAGUACAUCCUCCACUCCUGGAUAAAGAGAUGGUCACUCUAUUUGCCAACACGCUCAAGGACCCAUACUACGAGCAUGUGAUUGGUAGUUCGGCCCAACAAUUUACUGACGUUGUGGCAGUAGCUGAACGCAUAGAGCAAGGAGUAAAGAGUGGUAGAAUCUAUGUAUCUGUGGAGAAAAGGGGCUUUGAAGGUAAAAAGAAAGAGGUCGACUAUGUUGAAAGUGGAUAUAGGGGUAGGAAGAACCCAUUCCAGAACUAUCACACUCCAUCCCCUUCACCCCAAAUUUCUAACAUCAAUCUCAGCCCUACAUUCCUCACAAGAAAACCUAAGCCUCAAACCAAACACCAAAGAGUCCAAGAGCAACUACCUCCAUUACCGUUGCCCUUAAAUGAGAUGUACCAAAAGCUACUGAGCAGCGGGCAUAUAGCUCCAGAACCUUUGACACCUUUGCAACCACCUUACCCCAACUGGUACAAGCCCGACCUCACUUGCGAGUAUCAUGCUGGUGCCGCGGGACACAACAUUCAUACUUGCAGUGCCUUUAAGAAGAGGCUCAUGCAUUUGAUUAAAGCUGGAUGGGUAACCUUCGAAGGAACUCCAAACGUGAGUUCGAACCCUUUACCCAAUCAUGCUUCAGGUACUGGGUCAGUGAAUGCACUAGAGGGGGAAUGCUCUGGAAACCUCAAAGCACCGAUGGCAAGAGCAAAGUGUGAAGAAGGCAAUGUGCACUCUCAAGGAUAG